AUGCCGCUCGAAGGCAAGCGUCUCAUCCUAUGCCUUGAUGGCACUUGGAUGAACAGUGACAAGGGGUACAAUCGACCAACUAUUGACGAUCCAAAUGACACCCUGGAGGUACCGACAAAUGUUACCCGUGUUUACCGUGCGCUUAGGAAAAGAGGAUUCGAUGGAGAAAGCCAAGUCAUGUACUACCACCCAGGUGUAGGUAGUACCGGCGGCGUCUCGGACUCGAUCGCCGGUGGAGUAUUCGGUGUCGGAGUCGCUGAGAAGAAUAUUAGAGAGGCGUACAGUUUUGUAGCGACCAAUUAUGAGCCAGGGGAUGAGAUUGUUUUGAUGGGGUUCUCUCGUGGGGCGUUCACGGCACGAGGAGUCGCGGCGCUGAUCGACGCGGUGGGCCUACUCAAUGCAGAGGGGAUGGAGAUGCUUUAUCCCAUAUUUAAGGAUGCAGAAAACUCGGAAAAUCCGGACUACAAGGACAAGUUUCCUUCCAAACCGUUUCGAAAUAAGCCACCUCGGCCUAAUAAUGGGAAGGAGUAUCGGCAUCGACUAGAAGACGCUGGAUUAACGCGAGUGUUUGACCCAGAUGGACGCCGCAUCACGAUACGUUGCAUUGCAGUUUGGGAAACCGUAUCCCUGAUACAAACAUUGGGAAUAAACUACACUUUCCUCGAUCUACAAAAGAAUAAGUCCUCCGCUCCACACACGCAAUACGCCUUCCAAGCAUUAGCCUUAGAUGAAGACCGUACAUCAUUUGCCCCAGCUAUCUGGGAACGGCCCGACGAUGUCAAAACUGAUCUCAGACAGGUAUGGUUCUGCGGCGCACACUCCAACGUCGGAGGCGGCCUGCCAGACCAAGAGCUGGCGAACAUCACCAUGGCCUGGAUGAUGGACCAGCUCACAUCCAUCGGGGUGGCAUUUUACGACGACACAAUCGACAAAUUAUUCGAAAAGAGCGUCCACUACUACUACAAGCAUCCUUACGGUUCGAGUCCCGAUGAUUCAAAGUCAGAAAACUGGAGACCAUGGGCCGAUAAGUCUGUUUACGAAGAGCAUAAACCCGUUAGGCCCUGGGGAUUGGGUGAGAUCGUCCAACCCGCUACUGGACUCUACCGUCUUGCUGGAAGGACAACACGUACACCGGGACAAUACUGUCGUAUUGACCCAGAAACUGGACUUCCGACAUCGCGGUUCUUGUCUAAUACAAAUGAGGGGAUACAUCGAAGCGUGCGUAUUAGACUUGAUUUGCAUGGUCUGGGAUUUGAUGAUGAAGAACGAUAUCGAUGUAAAGCGUUGCUUAAGAAAGGACCCUGGGAACUUACCCGUGUUCGAAAAGUAGUUAGCCGCAAGACGGAAGAUGCAUACGGGGACUUUGACAAGGUCGUGGAGAAAAUUGAUGAGGAUAGAUGGGGUUGGGCCUUUAUGGGACCUGCGCAGGAAGCGCCACCUCAGGGUAUCCUGAUGGAAGAGCCGUUAGGAACGUACGAGAAGCGAUUGCUUCGUCUGAACAAAGGUAUGCUCAAAUUGUGGUAUUUUCUAUUCUGUUCAUGA